AUGAGUCUUUGCCAGAACCGCCUGCUUGAAGAGCGGAAGCAAUGGCGGCGCGACCAUCCGUUUGGUUUCUACGCUAGGCCUCAGCGAAAUAACCAAGGGGUGUCAGAUAUGAAGGUCUGGGAAUGCGGUAUCCCUGGCAAGGAGAAAACGAUAUGGGAAGGUGGUCUCUUCAAGCUCACAAUCACCUUUCCUGACGAAUAUCCCACGAAACCACCUAAGUGCAAAUUCGUGCCUCCUCUGUUCCAUCCAAACGUAUACCCAUCCGGUACCGUCUGUCUGUCCAUCCUCAACGAGGAAGAGGCAUGGAAGCCUGCGAUCACUGUCAAGCAAAUCCUUCUUGGAAUCCAAGACCUCCUCAACGACCCCAAUCCCGACUCUCCCGCCCAAGCGGAGGCCUAUAAUCUUUUUAAGAAGGACCGAACUGAAUACGAGAAGCGCAUUCGUCGCGUAGUGCGAGAGAACCCCGCCACUUAG